CUCUUUCCCUUCUCUAUACAAAUCUGGACAUAGUUCACAACCCAUCCUGCAUCUCCUUUCAAAGCCCUAGCUAGCAUUAAAGCCUCUUAGGUCAUAUAUAUUCACACUCACAGCAACAAGAUUCUUAAUUCUGUACCAUGUAUUUCUAUCCAUGUUCCCUUUGCUUCUAGUACUUCAAAACAACCUCCACACUCAUAUGCAUAUGCAAGUACUUUUCUUGUCAGGCUACAAAUACAAAAAAUGGUGAUAGACACAACCACACAGGGGUAGGUGAAAAGGCUAUAUAUAAGAAGAGAUAUGUUACAUACGUUGGCCUAGUGAAUUCGGUUCAGAGCUACAAAAGGGAUGCUUCUCUGAUUGGUUUCUCUUUUGGUUGGCUUCCACUUCAAUAAUUCUGCUCUUAUCUUCACUCAGUUUCUACCAUCAUCGCCAUAUCAUGUCUUCUUCCAACCGACACUGGCCAAGCAUGUUCAAAUCCAAGCCUUGCAAUCCCCACAACCAAUGGCAAAAUGACACCAACUCUUCUCUCUUGCCCAAUGGAUGUCAAAGAAGCCCUUAUAAUACAGCUGCAGAAGGUGAAGAGAGAAGUCCAGAACCAAAACCAAGAUGGAAUCCAAAACCUGAACAAAUUCGCAUUCUGGAAGCCAUCUUCAACUCUGGGAUGGUGAAUCCCCCAAGGGAUGAAAUAAGGAGGAUCAGGGUGCAGUUGCAAGAGUAUGGCCAAGUGGGUGAUGCAAAUGUUUUCUACUGGUUCCAGAACCGUAAAUCCAGAAGCAAACACAAGCUUCGCCACCUCCAAAACUCAAAGAACAAAAAUGCUGAAGCACAUCAAAACGCUGUUUCUCUCCCUCAAAUGACACCACCUUCAUCAUCUUCUUCAUCCUCAGAAAAAUCCUCUCCUAAAAAAUUUAUGCAUCCCAAGGGGUUCUCCUUUGGCUUCUCAAAUGUCAACGAUGCAGUGCCUAAUUCUCCCACCACUUCAGUGAACCAGACUUAUUUUCAGCCUUACCAUCACAAUGAAACCAAUUUGCUACCACCAGCACCUGAGUCUUUCUCCUUCUUGGCACACAACAAUGGACAAUGUGUAGCAACUGAUGCCAUGUCAACCCUUGGAUUUUCCUUCCCUGACUUCUCCAACAAUAUGAUGCAAUCUCAACAUGUUGGACCUUGCACUAGUCUUUUGCUCAAUGAGAUCACUAAUCAUGAAACCUCUUCCAAGAAGGACCUAGAUGAAGAGAAGGCUUUGAAGAUAAUGCACCAACACCCACAACACAAUUUCUCUCUCACAACAACUCCACUUACAACGGUUGUUCAUCCCAGCACCAGCACACCAAUCUCUGCUCCAUGCCCCAUCAACCAAUUUCAAGGUGUUGGUGAUGGUGCAGCAGAUAGGGCACAAUGUACAGUGUUCUUCAACGACGUCGCAUUUGAGGUUGCAGUGGGACCCUUCAACGUGCGACAAGCUUUCGGGGAUGAGGCCAUGCUUUUCUACUCUUCUGGCCAUCCUGUUCCCACCAACGAGUGGGGUGUCACUCUUCACCCGCUGCAGCAUGGAGCAUACUAUUAUCUGGGACUGAUUUAAUGAUGUGAAGUGGGAGGAGGACAAUGCAAUCGAUAGAUAUAGUAUGAUGUGUUUUUUUUUUUUUAAAUUUUCUUUUGGUACUUUAAUUCUGUCUCUACAUAUAUAUGGAUAUUUAUCAAGGUUUGGAUAGGGUUCUAAAAGUAAAAAUGACUGGCUCAGUGUAAGUUCGAAAGUAUGGAAACCGUGUCAUGGU